AUGGCCUUAGCCCUUCCUGCCCGUCAUGUCCUGCCGACACAGUGCUCUCGCUUCGACCUGCUGGUGCUGCUCCCGAAAUUGGUAAGCGAGGGGUUUUUCUUCAGGACAUCUCUGCUGUCGGAUGACACAGAAGCAGAUCACCCUGGCAGGGUGGGCACUGCCUUUGACCGGGUGUGGCUGUGGAGGGACGCUGGGGCUCCGAGGGGCCGGCGAGGAGCAGCACCGUGCAGCACACUCGUGCCGUCCGACGAAGUAACUAUUAAUUACAGACAUGGUCUUCCUGUGAUAACUCUUACGCUGCCUACAAGAAGUGAACGCUGUCGGUUCACUGUCAAGCAUGGUGAGCUCCUGCAGGAUGUGCAGAGAGAAGAUAAAGGUAUUGAGAGGGCGGAAGUCUUUGCAACAGAUGGUGGCAAGGUCUCUGAUGCAACCUUGAUGGAGAUCUUACUGAUGAAUGACUUUAAACUUGUUAUCAACAACACAGCAUACAGUGUGUCACCUCCUGUAAAAGAUAAGCUGAGUAGUGAGCAUGCUACUGAAAUGGAAGAUAUCAAAACCUUGGUUCACAGACUGUUCGUGGCUCUGCAUUUAGAAGGUCACCAGAUAAGGAGAGAGAGAGAAUUGCUACAGAAACUGGACCAUCUGAAAGAAGAGCUGCUGCCUCUUGAACAGAUGAAAGCCAGAAUCAAGGACAGUGCAGACGCAAUGACCUCCAGGCUUCUGUGGGUCGGCUUAGCUCUGAUGUCAACACAAGGGGGAGCGUUGGCGUGGCUCACGUGGUGGGUCUAUUCCUGGGACAUCAUGGAGCCGGUCACAUACUUCAUCACUUACGGGAGUGCCAUGGCUUUCUACGCCUACUUUGUUCUUACUAAACAGGACUACAUUUACCCUGAUGCUAAAGACAGGCAGUUCCUCCACUACUUCUAUCGGAAAUCCAAAAACCAGCAUUUUAAUGUGGAACAAUAUAACAAGCUCAAAGAAGACCUAGCAGAGGCAGAAGAAUCCCUGAGGCAUCUGCGCCAACCUCUGCACCUGAGGCUUCCAAUCCAGGAAAUCAGUGACAAGGACUGACUUUGAUUUUGUAUAUAUUAGAAUUGCCCUUUCGAAGCCGAUACAAACAUUUAGUUACUCAACAGAAACUGGAUAUUUUUGACCACUAUAGUUUUGAAAGUUGCAAUAAGUAUAAAAAUGAUUUG